AUGGAUAUCUUCAACCAACACCCAUCCCUUGUACCCGAACUGAAUGAAAUGCAACUGGUUCCUGAAGGCUUACAAGAAGCAGUAUGUAGAGUGGCAGCUCUUGCACCUGAGAAUGACAAACUUCUCAUCCGCAACACCUUGUUGAAGAAGAUAUUGACAAUGUGUAACCUUUAUCAAACAGAGCUUGAAGUGCAGAAGAAAUGUCAACAUGUGAAAGCUGCUCAGCAAUAA